CCUAGAAGGUCUACCCCGCUUCACCCGGAGAUACCGGAUGACCCUCUUUGUUUUCUCUUUCCUGCACGACCAGAAUCGAGCUCGACCAUUACUUGGACCUGAAAGCAACAACAGUAGACAACAUUUAGAGCAUAAUCAUGUCUUCCCAGAACACUUCCAACUCUUCAAGCUCCGGCUCGACUUCCGCGGGUAACAGCGGCAGUGGAGGCUAUACUGUCACCAGCUCCGGCACCAACGACCAGGGAAACCACUACUGCUCUCGCGACUACGGCUCUGGCGCCUCAAACUCCAACUCUUACCACUACUCCAACACCAACGGCUCGUACUACUACAGCAACCCUAAUGGCUCGACUUACUACAACGAUGGUAGGGGUGGCUCAAGCUACAAUCCUGGCAAAUAGAGUACGGACGUCUUGUCAGUCAUGGCUAUAAGCUCGGUGGAAGUCCUCAUAUAUUGACUGCACGCUGUCGACAGAACGCGAACGGGGCAGUUUGGCCAUAUUUGAACAAUCCAGACAGUACAAACUGAA